AUGAGGUCACAGGAUAAUAUAUAUAUCGUCGCUGAUCACAGAAUGAGAAGGAGCGAAGUUCUGGAGAGCGGCAGCCGGAAGCGAGAGCCCUGUCUGGGAUCAGCCAUGUACCGGCUGGCCUGCUGCCUGCUUUUCCUCGCAUGCCUGCAGCCUCUCCUCUCCCUCCCCGCCCCGGGCGCCAGGGCAGGGCCCCUGCAGCUCUCAGCAGCUGAUGGAGGCGGGUCAGCUCGGGACGAACUGGACAGAGCGUCCCUGUCCCUUCUGCGCGGGCUGCUGGGGACGCCAGGGGCAGAGACAGCUGAUGGGCUCGGGAAAGCAGAUGCCGGCACCAACGUGCGUAACCCAAGAGGAAACACGAGAAAGGCUUUCUCUGGACAAGACCCUGAUAUUUUGCUGAAUCGACUUUUGGCCCGAGUCAGGGAGCAGCAUGAGAAGCGUGGGCACCCCUCUGAGUGCUUCUGGAAAUACUGCGUCUGAAGUGAGGACCACCUACUUGUCAACUCAAAACCAACCGUCUUAGAAAAUGAACAGCAGACACGCUUCAUCUGAAAAGAGCCCAGAAGAAAUGCUAGGCAAACUCUGCCCUGUUCAUUGUCAUUCGGAAAAUAAAUCCUCUAUGUUUUGCAAA